AUGGAAUUUAACUCUAGGGAAGCUGUGAUUGCAGCAGUUAAAGAGUAUACCAUUCAGAGGGGCGUCGAUUAUAGGGUGUAUGAAUCUGAACCGACAACAUUUUAUGCUAAAUGCGUACAUUAUGGAACAAGUUGUGAUUGGCUUAUUAGAGUUAGUCUUAUAAAAAGACAGUAUUGUUUGGUGAUAAAGAGGUAUAACGGUAGUCACACGUGCAUCAGAUCUACCAUCUCUCAAGAUCAUGCCAAACUAGACUCUGGUACAAUUGCAGAAGCGAUAAAAUCAUUAGUUGAAGCCGACCCAUCUCUAAAGGUGAAAUCUAUAAUUGCUGAAGUGCAGUCGAAGUUCAACUAUACAAUAAGUUAUCGCAAAGCAUGGUUGGCCAAGCAAAAAGCAAUUGAGAAAAUAUUUGGUGGGUGGGAAGCUUCUUAUGAAGCCUUGCCAACAUGGUUUGAAGCAAUGGUUGCAAAAGAACCAUUAGCAGCUGUUGAGUACGAAAUUGCAUAUACUUACCGAGGGGAUGAGUUGGUUGAGGAUCUCAAGAUUUUGACGCGAGUCUUUUGGGCUUUCUAUCCUUGUAUUAAAGCAUUCAGAAGCUGCAAGCCGCUGGUACAGGUAGACGGCACACACUUGUAUGAAAAAUAUAAAGGGGCUCUCUUGGUUGCAGUAUCACAAGAUGGAAAUGGAAAUAUCGUGCCUCUUGCAUUUGUCAUAGUCGAGGGUCGUAGUGAUAGAGCAUGGCAAUAUCCGAGGGCUAUUCACAUGUUUUGCAUCAGGCACAUAGCUGCUAACUUCUUGAGAAAGUUCAAAGCGCCAGGAAUGCAGAAGCUGAUUGUCAACAUAGGCUAUUCUAGAACAGUCCGUGAAUUCAACAUGCGUUACGAGAGAUAUUGUGAGCGGGGUGUGGCUUACAAGCAGUGGCUCGACAAUAUUCCUCAGUCACAAUAUGCCUUGGCAUAUGAUGAAGGACAUCGCUGGGGACACAUGACCACUAACCUAGUGGAGUGCAUUAACGGAGUGUUUAACCACUUCUCAAAGCAUAUUAAAGGCACAGUCGCACUCCAGAGAUCUGCACCAUCAUUGAUCUCAAAUGGAAUAAGAUGCGGCGCAAUCCGAUUGGGACUAUAUGCAAACCACACAAACUGUAAAAACACAUUAAAUCUCAAAGUUAUAAAUGAGCAAUCAUGA